UCUUCUCUCCACUCUGCUUCAACUUUUUGAUUGUAGCCCUGAAAAGCCGAAUCAUGGCAAAACGAGAGCACCAAGAUCAGACUGGCGAUAGCAGACCAAGCAAAAAAUCUAAAGGCACGAAAGACACGAAAAAAAACACUGAAGUUUCGCCGCCUUAUUUUCAAUCCCCUGCUCUUGAUAAUGUUCCUCAAACAGAAAUUGAUAAAUUUCUUUCUGACCAUUCCAUCAAGAUAACGGAUGCCUCAGCAGAUAAACCGUCUCUGCGCCCAAUUAUCUCAUUUUCAUUCUUACCCCCCAGCAAUAAAGACCUCUACGCUCCGUUAGAUGGUUUCGCCUCGCCGACCGCUAUCCAGUCGGCAACAUGGCCACUUCUGUUUGCAGGCCGCGAUGUCAUAGGAAUUGCAGAGACUGGAAGUGGGAAGACUCUUGCAUUUGGUCUACCGUGUCUAAAGAAGGUGCUUGAUUUGAAGACCAAACAAAAAUCAUGCAGACCACUUGCAGUUGUUAUCUCCCCGACAAGAGAGCUCGCAAUGCAGAUUUAUGACCAACUUGUGAAGUUCGCGGAAAAAGUGGAUAUUCAAGUCGCCUGCAUAUUUGGCGGUGUCAAGAAAGACGAACAGCGUGAAGCUUUGAAGUCUGCAGCUGUGGUUGUUGCAACUCCUGGAAGGUUGAAAGACCUUCAGAAUGACGGCUCUUUGGAUUUAGGCAGGGUCAAAUAUCUUGUCCUAGAUGAAGCAGACCGUAUGCUAGAUAAAGGAUUUGAGCAAGACAUCAAGGAUAUCAUCUCUCCUAUGCCAGUGUCAAAACGUCAAACUGUUAUGUUCACAGCAACCUGGCCUCCUAUUGUCAGGAACCUUGCCUCUACAUUUAUGACUUCUCCAGUCACGGUCACCAUCGGUGGUGACCCGUCUGCAGAUCCACGUGCAAACAGCAGGAUUAAACAGGUUGUCGAAGUGGUAAAACCACACGAGAAAGAGCAAAGACUAGUGCAAAUUCUGAACAGGCAUCAGCGUGGAACUCCUGAUAAAGUGCUCGCCUUCUGCCUUUACAAGAAGGAGGCUAUGCGGGUCGAGAGACUCCUUCGAACCAAGGGCUUCAAGGUAGCGGGUAUACACGGCGAUUUAAGCCAGCAAGAAAGAUUUAGAAGCCUCGAGGCCUUUAAAUCAGGUGCGGCCACCGUUCUCGUUGCAACUGAUGUCGCGGCUCGCGGCCUUGACAUACCUCAUGUGAAACUGGUCGUAAAUGUCACUUUUCCGCUCACUGUGGAGGACUAUGUUCAUCGAAUUGGCCGGUAAGGACAAAGUGGCUCGUCGUUAUUUUUAUGGCUAAUGUUUAUCUAUGCAGCACCGGUCGCGCUGGGGCUGAUGGGCAUGCUAUAACCCUGUUUACGGAAACUGAUAAGGCCCAGUCUGGCGCGUAAGUAGUGAUUUUACCCAUAUUUCUAUUGGAGUCUUUUGAAAAUCUACUAAUCAACAACAACAGAUUGAUCAAUGUUCUGAAAGCGGCUAAUCAAGAGGUGCCCGAAGCUCUACUCAAGUUCGGCUCCACCGUCAAGAAGAAGCAGCAUGACGCAUAUGGCGCCUUCUUCAAGGAUGUUGAGCCGGGAAAGGCGGCUACCAAGAUUGUAUUUGAUGACUAGCUCUAAUCCGCCUUGACCUGCUGUACAUUAGAUCGCAUUUUUCUGGAUCUCAGCCAUAAAGAAAACUUGUAGUAGUAGA